CAAUGCGAUCUUGCUAAUGUCUAGACCAGCCAGAACUUUUUCGAGUAACUUGUAAGGAGUGGAAUACCUUUAGACGUUUCACCUUUAUAAUAUCGUGUUCAGGGCUGAAAAAUAAAUUCUUUUUAAGACUAGUGAGACGCUAAAGGGUUGUUCCCCCCUUCUUUCCGAAAUACCUCCAAUCCUAAAAUUCAGAAAACAAUGAAACUUUCGAGGUGAAUGGAAUACGUAUAGAUAAAAAUUCAUAAUUUUCUGAACGUUCGGGUCGGAGAUAUUUCCUUGAUAAGAUGAAACACACGUAAUUACUUAUUUUAGGUCUCCGUAAACCUGUGAAGUUCCAACAAAGUGUAGUAUAGUUCGCGGGUGUUCCUUGUAAGAAUCGUAUUGGUUUCCGCAAACCCUCUGGGAUUAUGUAUUUUAUUUCCUAACGGAGUUUGCGCACGAUUUCUGGUAACAUGGAUCCUCCAAGUGGUUCACGUCUUUCUCACCCUCCGACGUCCAGUGAAUUUCAGUGUCUUUAGAGAACGAAAGAUCCGUGUGCUGUAUUGUUGCACAUCUGUUACUGUUGUGGAAUUGUUUCGUCUCCGAUAAAAUGUCUCAGGCUUAUCUCCACGCGUGCGAACGAGCAGAAUUGUUGGGGUUGCCGAUACCCAACGAGGAAGAGUGGAAAGAGUCGCAGAAGACAGAGGAUGAAAAUCAUGCCAAUGACGGGGACGAUGAUAAGAUGAUCCAGAACUUAGACACUUCCGUCGAAGCCGCACAACGAAUCAGUGGUGGAUUAGACGAAUUGAACAGUAUUCUGAAUGCAACACAGAAAAAGAUUAACAGAUUCAAGACUGUUUGUGGCAGCUUGGGUAGCUUCAUCAAAGUGAAGGUGAUUUUCAAAGACAAUUUUCCAGAGCACAAGAUUACUGGACCAAGUCACAACGAGACAGAGAUUAACAAUAAAACGGAAACAAACGAUGAACAAUUAACAGUAGACUUAUCAGAUGAUAAGCAAACUGUAGGAAACAUAGAAUCUGAACCAACACCAUUGAAAAAGAUAGAUCUUAACGAAAAAAUGGGAUCUCAUCUAGAUAAAUUGGAUAGUCUUAUCACAAAAGCGGAGAAUGCUCAAUACAGUAUGCAACACCAAACGAAACAAAUGAAAGAGUUUCUAAAAUAAGAAUGAGAAGUCUAAAGAGAGUAUCUUAUCCUAUCACUAUCAGUUCUCUUUGAUUUGUUGCUACUAGUAUAUGCUUGAUAAAACAUAAUUUAUUGCUAGUCAGUGUAAAGACAUGUAUUGUAGAGUUAGACAUCGAUCUACAAAGAGAAGAAAAGCUAUUUCACCGAAAUGUUCAUCAGAUUUCAAGAAUUUAUAUAUAUAUAUAUAUAAAAGUUCCCUUUGAAAAAGAA